GCACCCAGGGGUCUGGAGGAAGGGGACAGAAACCACGAUGCCAAGGUCUCAGGCGCCACAUGCGUGCUGGAGGGCUCCCCAUCUCUGUGUGUUUACACGCUGAAGGCAGCGGGGAGGACACAUUUCCUCUGGAGUCACCCUUAACCAUCUGCCGCUCCAGGAGGAUGAAGGCUGGACUGCCACUCCUCCUGCUAUGAUGCCUGGGCAGAUCCCAGACCCUUCCGUGACUGCGGGCUCUCUGCCAGGGCUUGGCCCCCUGACCGGACUCCCCAGCUCAGCUCUGACUGCAGAGGAGCUGAAAUACGCCGACAUCCGCAACAUCGGGGCCAUGAUCGCCCCUUUGCACUUCCUGGAGGUGAAACUGGGCAAGAGGCCCCAGCCCGUGAAGAGUGAGCUAGACGAGGAAGAGGAGCGGAGGAAACGGCGUCGGGAGAAGAACAAAGUCGCGGCGGCCCGAUGCCGGAACAAGAAGAAGGAGAGGACGGAAUUUCUGCAGCGGGAGUCUGAGCGGCUAGAACUCAUGAACGCGGAGCUGAAGACCCAGAUCGAGGAGCUCAAGCAGGAGCGACAGCAGCUCAUCUUGAUGCUGAACCGGCAUCGUCCCACCUGCAUCGUUCGGACCGACAGCGUCAAGACACCCGAGUCAGAAGGCAACCCUCUGCUUGAGCAGCUUGAGAAGAAGUGACCGUGGGCUGGGAGGAGGAGGACAAAGGAGGAACAAGGAGGAGGAGAUGGCGAGGAGGAGGAGGAGGGCACCAGAGGGCUCUUCCUUGGUGUGCGAAAAACUUUACACCGGAGGCACAGCCAGUAAUUGGCCGGGCCUUUUUUUUUUUUUUUUUUUUUGUGAAACUCAGAUCAGCCGCACAAGGGGAAGAGCCGGCUGAUGAAACCCAGAAGGACCAAGCGCUGAGACCAAAGUAGACUCGAGGGUAGGGCUGUCCCGCUGGGGCCCAGCUCCACAGAGACAGGACAGAGACACCCCGGCCAGAAAGCAGCCUCAGGCACUUGUCUGGGCUCUCCGCCCGGGUACCCACCCCAGGGACCUCCGAGCAGCCAGGAAAAGCCAUGAGUUGCAACCAAACGCACGGCUGAGGAUCGAACCGAGCGACACUGCCAUCUGCCUGCCCCAGCCCUGACCCCUGACCCUGCUGCAAGGCCGGAGAGAGAGGGUCGCGAUGCGGGGCCUGGCGGGGCCCUGCCGGGGAGCAGCAGCUGGGCGCACCCUGGCCAGCCCUGCUGGAGUUUGCUGUGGGCACGAGGCGCGGGCGCCCUUCCAAAGCACAUACUCAUUGAAUGUUUACAGACUGGCUGUCCUGGCAGGGCUUUCAACUGCACAUGUUUUUUAUACUUUCUUUUUUUUUUUUUUUUAAUAUUUUUUACAAAAAAAAAAAAGAUUUUAUACAAGCAAUAUAUAUAUGGAUUUCUAUAAUCACUCAAUGUGAUACAGUAUAAAUAUGCUACAGUUUGUUUGUUACGAACAAAUAUCCAGCAGU